AUGAGCUGCAUUGAAGUGAUCGACAGCAAACGAUUGGAAAAUGUUGAUUCGUUGGCCGAGAAAUUAAAACAGGAGACGUUCGAUGUUAAUCUGCCAAAUGGGGCCCAAUUAAUUCAGCAUGAUGAAAAAGCGUAUGAGAAUUUGUACACAAAUGGGAGUUCGUUCGAUGUUAUUCCUGAAAUACAGGCAAAAGACGAAUUCGCUGAUGAGGGAAUUCGUUUUUCAUUCAAUUUCAAACUUCAUCCAGACGGUGUUGCGAAAAUGAAAGAUAUUGGAAAUACAAUUCAAUCGAAUACUCUCAUUUUACAACAUAAAUGCGUAAUGUACACAUAUGCAUAUGCUUUAACAUUGGCAUUUGAUGAUGAGCAACAAGGAAAACUAUGCGAAUUUCGGCUAUUCCCAAUCAGCCACACGUUUCGACAUCCGGUUGGAAUGACUAAAGGAGGUUUUCCGAGUUCGAUGAAACAACCGCAGCCAUCGUUGCGCGAUGUGACCGCCCGGAUCGGCCCGGUAUCGGAAGUCGUCGAAUUGACGCCGGAGCACGAUGGAUCAUACAAAUGCUCCACUCUCAUUUCGCUGUCUUCUCUUCAAAACAUCACCAAGGACGGCGCUGCGAAACUUCGUGUUGAGAUGACGAUCGACGAAAAUUAUUUCGACGUUGACGAAUAUGUCAAUCUCUCACCAAAAGUCGCGCCGGUCUCUUGCAACAGCGAUCGAAUUCUCGGCCAAAUAUUGGCCGGCGAGAAAGUCGCGAAAGCGGAUUGGGUGAUCACUGUUGGCGAUGGAUCUCCGUCGAACUAUCACGUGCACGGAGCAGUGCUCGGCAAUUCGAGCAUGCUGCUCCGCACAGCUCUCAUCAAACAUAUGAGCGUCCAAAACGAUACUCUAACGAUGGUUUCUCAUGAGAAUCGAUUUAUUCUACCAAAGAUCAAAGCAUCGGAUAUGCCAGUCAUUCUCGCCUAUAUUUAUCAAAAACGAUUUAUUGUUCCGCAAUUUGACGCAGUUUCGAGAAUCGGCCAAUUUUUCGGAACAUUCUUCCGCGAAGAAAUUGGCGAAUUUUUCGAAAAUUGGCAAGCGACUUUGGUGAACACCACAAUGAAAUUAGACCGAAAUGGUGGCGUCGACACCAUUUCCGAAUGCGUUAAAUCAUUGGUGUGUGUUCAUUCGGCACCACAGGGUGCACUGUUGGCGGCUUAUAAUGUGGCGUUGGUGGUCGCAGCCGAUGCGUGGCAAAUAUUGGAUGCAAAAAAGGAAUAUGAAAAUGGAAAAUUGGAGAAAAAAGUGAAAAAGCGGAUUGGAGUCGAAUGGCCGCUGAUUGAUCAAAUUCUCGAAAUAAUUCGGGAUUAUCGCGAAGCAGUUUGUGGGGUGGAAAAGUCGAAAAUUGUGUGCUAA